AUGCUCAACCGACGCUUUGGUAUAAUUAUGGUAAUUGUUUCUCUCGGAGGUGCUUUGAUAGGUUCGCAGGCCGCCCCCAAGUCCCAUCUACUCCAGUAUGGUGCUCGCAAAGAAGUCCGGGCAACUGGCGCAACAGCCACAGUGUUCCGCUAUCAACUCAAGAAUGGAUCUUCGUAUGCGGUGAAACGUUUUCAGAAAAAAAGUCAAAGUACAGCGCAAGAAGAUUACCUGUCCAGCGUUCGGAACGAGGUCGACAUCUCUACUUAUCUGAAUCAUGAGCGAAUCAUGCCCAUCUUGGACUUUUUUGAGGAACACGGAGUGUUCUAUUCCGUGAUGCCUUACAUACCAAUCACGCUCUUUGAUCGUACCAUGGAAAAUGAUACUGCCUUGUUGGAAAAGGAACGGGACUGUAUCUUCCGACAAAUCGUUGAUGUGCUUGUAUACAUGCACGAUAAAGGGGUGGCCCAUCUGGACCUCAAGAUUAAGAACAUUCUUCUUGAGAACGAAAACGAAAUCAAAGUCAUUGACUUUGGUAACUCUCAAAUUUUCUGGCCUAUCUACGGAGCUUCGGUCAAAGGGAUAUUUGCUACUACACCGAACGCCCUUUACGAAGCGUAUCGAGAUGAAUACUACGAUCCUUUUGCGGGCGAUGUAUGGGCAGUGGGGAUGAUUCACUGUCAAAUGACUUUGCCGCUGGCUUCAUGGAACAUGGGGUUACAGUCGCCGAUGAUCUUUGCCAUGUUUCCCCCCCCCCCCCCCCCCCGUGUCGCAAAGGCCAUCGUCCAUCAAUCUGACGCAGCUGUAAGCCACAGUGGAGAUGAUCUUGCGAAACCUGCCAGAGCGGGCCCGGUCGGUGAUCGGCGGCAUGCUUCUGCCGAACCCACGGGACCGCAUCAGCAUGAGCGAAGCGUUAACAGAUGA